CGAAGAUUAUAAAGAUUUUUCGAAGAAGAACAUAACCUCUUUUCAUAAUUUUUAUUGCAUUUAUAUAUAUCGAAUAAUCUGAACUUGACUUUGAGAUGCUUGGAAAUGUGUUGUUUUUUAAGAUAUUUAACCUAUAAAAAAUUGCUUUCGUGCGAAUUGUCGUUUUAUCAGCACUUUACUUUAGUACGAAUAUUUGCUUAAGAAGUAGUUGAUUUGCAAAUUGUUUCUUGACGACACAUCUAGUAAAUAUAAAUAAUAAGGAAUUGGAAAAUUGGAGAAACUGAGAAAAAAAGUAUAUAUAUUGACUGAAUUGGGCUUGAUUUUUCAAACCAAUUUGAAGAAUGGCAGGAAUCAACUGUACGUCAAUUUUGAAAAGCUCGCGUGAAUUGUCACCAUUUUACUUGAAAGGAUUCACACGUUUAUUCGCAUCCAAGAGCACAGACACCGAUGAGAGCCCAAGAUUACGUGAAUUUAGGAAAAAAUUGCGUGAACGCGCUCCUAUAGAGAAAUUAGAGGAGUUGAAGGAAGGCCAGCAUCCUUAUCAGGAGAAGGAACCUUUGAAAGCGUUCCCUGACAACACAAAUCCGGAUACAGGCGAAAUUGGUGGUCCUCGUGGACCAGAACCAACUCGUUAUGGCGACUGGGAGAGGAAAGGCCGUGUGACGGACUUCUGAAACGCUAGAAAAAGUUUUUUCAUGAUAAUUAAAAAUUACCUACGUUAGAGAAAUGAGAUAUUUAAAAGAAGUAAUUUAUUUUGAUACGACGCUAGAUUGAUGUAUCUUUAUCAUAAAAACGUUGGAUCUGUUUUGUAGAAUAAAAGUUAUAAAUAAAUUACGAUAUUUAUAUUGUAAA